UCUUACCUGGCCAAAUCUUUUCCCUUCCCCAGGCCUCAGAUUCUUCAUCUAUAAAAUGAAUAACUUCAAAGACCCUUCCAGAAAAAAUCCUUCUCUAUAUCUAUGAGCCUAUCAAGCAUCUCCCCAGCGGCUAGCUACCACCCCCAGCUGACUUUGUUCCUGCUUUAAGUGCAACAUUUAUUACCGCUCAGUUAAACAUCUAAGUUCCAGUCCUCUAACCAUCCGGGCUCAUUGCUUUAUAUUCCCCCAAGUGCAUCCUAGCAUAAGGCUGCAGUACUUCUCCUUGGACACAAGAGGGGGUUCAUACCCUGGCCUCUGAAGUAAUAGCUACUCCUCCAAGAACUUUCUAAAGACUUCCAGCUACAGUUCCCAUCUCAGGACCCAGUAGAGUUGCUGGGUGUCUCCACAAAGCAUCUUCUGAGUGCUGCUCCUUGGUAAAAGGUGGCUGAGGACUCCAGGAAGAGCUGACAGCUUCUCCAGCCACAGGCCUUGCCUAGGGUCGCCUCCCACCGCUCCCACAGUUUUUAGAGAAUGCUGGGACUCACCUAUUGACUUGGCUGUCUUCAAGAAGGGAACCUUAUUUUGCAAGUCUGUGCAAAGAAGGCAAGACCAGCAGGUCUGCAAAGAGGAUCCACUGGAUCUCUGCUUCUGCUUGGGACCUUUCUAUGACCCCCACUGGAUCUGACUGGCUUUGGAAGAAUUGCCUAUGUAAGCAAGCAAUCUCCGACCUCCACUCUGCUCAUUGCUGUGACAGUAGCUAGUUCUGUUCCUGCCAUGGCUCACUCUGGAAACUAAAGGGAUCCCUCUGGUCUGCAGAAGACAGACACCCACAGCAGGACCCAAUGGAGAAUAAAGGGAUGUAUUUGCACAGCUUUGGGGAUCGGGAGAACGGCUCCAUCUUUGAAGAGACUUUCGAGGGCAGGAGCUUGUCCAAACUGAAUCUAUGUGAAGAUGGUCCUGGAAGUAAGAGGCGAUCAGGGAACUGCUGUGCCCAGCUUGGAUCCUUGACCAUGUUGAAGUACGCUGUCGUCGGCCUCUAUCUGCUGGUCUUCCUGAUUCUCGUGGGCAUUUUCAUCAUGGCAGGCAAGAUCUCUCGGACCCAGAGCUCCCCCGAUGACCUGAAAGCCCUCACCUGGAAUGUGAACCGCCUGAAUGAGAGUUUCCGGGACUUGCAGCUAAGGCUCCUGCAGCUCCCACUCCGGGGGGACAUGAUGGAGCACAUCUGGAAGCUUCAGGACUUGUUCCAGAACCACUCCGAUUCCCUGCGCCUGCUGAUGAGCUCCCUGCAGAGGCUGGAGGGCAACGUGUGGAGCCUGGAGAUGCAGGCCGGCCAGGCGGAGCAGACCGUCUCCCUCCUGCGGGACAGUAGCAGCCAGCAGCACGAGGCCGCCCAGAUGCAGCUCUACCAGCUGCAGGUGGAGCACAACAGCAGCCAGCUGCUGCUGCAGCAUCACGCGCGGCUCCUGUCCGAGCUGGCCGCCAGGGCCAGCAGCCUGGGAGAGGAGCUGGCCGAAAUGACCGGGGCGCUGGGCGGCAUCAACCAGAGCCUCUCCUACGACGUGAGCAUCCACCACACGCAGCUCCGGGACCUGCAGGUGCUGGUGAGCAACGCCAGCGAGGACUCCCGGCGCAUGCGCAGGGUGCACAUGGGCAUGGAGCUGCAGCUCCGCCAGGAGCUGGCCAUUCUCAACAAUGUCACGGAGGAGCUGAGACUCAAGGACUGGGAGCAUUCGGUGGCUCUGAGGAACCUCACCCUUCUGAAAGGUCCCCCAGGACCCAAAGGUGAUCCAGGGAAUGAAGGAAGAGGAGGAACACCAGGUGCUCCUGGUUUGCCUGGACCAAGAGGUCUUACAGGUGAGAGAGGCUCUCCUGGGCUGCCUGGCCUGAAAGGAGAUGAUGGGGCAUUGGGAGCCCCAGGACCCAUGGGAAUGCGUGGAUUCAAAGGUGAAAGGGGUCCUAGAGGAGAGAAAGGAGAAAAAGGAGAUCGAGCUGGUGACACUGGAAGCCCGAAGGGUCUGAUGAUCCGGCUGGUGAAUGGCUCUGGCCCCCAUGAAGGACGUGUGGAGGUGUACCAUGACCGACGCUGGGGGACGGUGUGUGAUGAUGGAUGGGACAAGAAGGAUGGCGAUGUGGUGUGCAGGAUGCUGGGCUUCCGAGGAGUGGAGGAGGUGUACAGGACAGCUAGAUUUGGGCAAGGCACAGGACAGAUUUGGAUCGAUGAUAUUGCCUGCAAGGGGACAGAAGAUAGCAUCCUCCAAUGUAGCUUCUCCAGCUGGGGGAAGACCAACUGCGGCCACGCGGAGGAUGCAGGGUUGACGUGCAGACACUGAGAAUGGGCGGGACGGCCGCUGCCCCAAGUGCACUGGCGAUGUAGCUGCUGGCCUCCGAUGUCUAUCCCUGGGGAGGCUGGAACCUUGCACCCAGGCAGCCCAGUAGCAUUCCUGCUCAGCUCCGGCCCCCUUCCCUGCACUGCACCCCUAAGCCUACCGCUCACUAAUGAGCCGCCAUAACUCUUUAGUUAGACAGCUGCUAAAAACAGGGCCUCUGGGAUUGACUGCAAAUCUUUUCCCUCCUGGACCAACUGGAUCAACAAUUUGCUGACCUUAUUCAGUGCCAAAAGUAGCUCCUUAGAAUCCAUAUCAUGCUUGUUUUCAUUCUGUCGGUAACAGUUAAAUGCUGGGAAUGUGUCAAAAGCAACUCCGUCAUAUGUGGUUGUGGGAGCGGGGUUAGCACGGAUAAUUAAAUCGACAGAGAGUUCCCAAA